AUGGAGCCAAGCGGAGACUGUAUAGGCGGAAGUUGCCUGCGCAAGGAUGUGCUUGAUCACACGGGGGGAAGUGGACAGGGGGGUGGUAACGGACGCGGCAGAAUGGACGACCAGGUUAGAGCAGGCACGAUCUGGUACAUGCACGAGAAGAAUCGUAAGCUUCGCCUGCAGUUCGAGGGGGAGGCAGCUGCCGGCUUGCUCUGGCAACCCCAGCUGCCGUCCCACGUGCCAGUCUCGUCCCAGCAGCUCGCCUCUCUGCACGGCUUCACUGCUCCCAAACAGGCUGUACUCGGUGCAGGCUGGACUCCUUUUGAACCUGGGCCUGGCAGCAUAAAGGAACAUGGCCAAGUGCCUGCCAUUGCUGCUGCUGCUUAUGGUGCUGGUGCUGGCGCUAGUGGAAACAGAAAAGAGGGUGAUUCGGAUGGUGGUUGGCAUGUGGCGUGUGAUCCCAGAGUUCCGGACGAGGGCUGUGCUGGUACACGCUGGGAAGCACUGCAUGUGGAGUCAUGGCAGGGUGGCGUGAGUGGCGGCGGCGUGGGGUAUGAAAGGAAUGAGAGAGCAAGGGAUGGUGAAUCAGCGUUGCAAGGAGUGCAGAGCGGUACAUCGAGUAGCGGGUCGUCUCGCCUGUUUGAAGGAGUGGUCAUCUGGGAGCUACGGCAGCUGAUGCUGGUGCAUGGAGGCGUGUUUGAGAACUACUUCCACCCCUCCCGAGUCACGCACAUCAUCUGCGCCAACCUCCCAGACACCAAGCUCGUGCAGUUCCGCAAGUACGCAUCCCACAUCUCACCUUCCAUUUCUCCGCUUCUCCCAUGUGCCCUCCUCUCCUUUCCCCGCUCAAAAUCUUCAUUGCUCGGUAGAUUCAGCUGCGAGAAGGUGGGGCGAAGGGGGGGAAGAGGGGGAGAUAGGGGGAAGAGGGAGAAGGGGGUAACGGGAAGGGUUGCUACAUGGAAACAGCAUGGCAUAGUCGUGGUCGCGCACGCUGCCUCCCAUUGUGCACCCCAACUGGAUUGUUGCCUGCAUCCAUGCCAACAGGCUGCUUCCCUGUCAAGUUCUCCUCCUCUGCUUUACAUUUAUUUCCGCUGCAGCAACCCCGCAGUGUUCUCCUUUGCUUUUCCCUUUCUCAUCCGUUAUCUAUCCUCCACCCCACUCCCAACCUUCACAACCGUUUUCUCAGUGGACGCAUUCUUCUUGCGCCGCCUGGCCUUGGACCAUCCCGAUCAGAAGACCCUCCCCUCUACCUUCUUCCGCCCUAAACCCGCGCCGCAACUCCCUUCCUCGCACUCUCCUGCUCGCAUUGCUGCCGUUCCUGCGAACCCGGCUUCUCCUUCUGCACCUCUUGCCAUUGCCGCUGCGCCUGCUGCUUCUGUUGCCAACGCAGCUGCUGCCGCCGGUUCUAUCGGCACAGCUCUUGCUCCCUGCACUCCCUGCCUGACCCAGGGGCUAGAUUUGCAUGCAGCAGCAGACGCAGAAGCAGAAGCAGUGGCAGCAGAAGCAGCAGUGUGUGUCAGAACACAGGGUACUGUAUUUGAUCAAGGGGGUGCUUGGGACUCACGCAAGAAUGAGGGGGGAGAGAAGCAAGACGGGUGGACAGAAGCGGAGGUUGCAGUUAGGGAGGCAGAGGCUGGCCGAAGGGAGGUGAGGGAUGAGAAGGCAGGUGCAGGAUGGGGUGUCUGGUUGGGUGGAUGCAUGGAUGAUGCUGCCGUGACCAAGGUUGAGGCGCCUCAACAAUCGUUUCGUUGUAAUGUUGAGGAGGCUGGUACGGAUGAUGUGUGUGGGGUUGAGAGGAAGGUGGAGAUAGGUGCAUGGGGCGGCUUCUGUGGGGAUGCUGCUGGGAAGAAGGAGGGUGUGAGAGACGCGGGCAGUAUUGGGGGGAGAGGUGAAGUGGGUGGGAAGAGAGGGGAGGGAGGGGGAGAAAGUGCUAAAGAUGUGUGGUCGGAGUUCCCUGAGGAGAUGGAGGAGGAGGUUUGGGCUGCUGUGGAGGAAGCGUGCCGGAGGAGGAAGCGAGUGGGGGGCGAGGAGGAGUGUGGGGCGAUUGGGAACCGAGAGAAGGAAGGGGGAGAACGGAGUGGAGAGCAAUGUUCAGUGGUUAAAUGUGGUGUGUUGAGUGGCGGAAGCAUCAAGGAUGAGGCGAAGGGAGAAGGAAAGGAAGAAUGUAAGGACAAUGGGAUGGAGGCAAGACUAAGGGGGAAGGUGGAGCAGGUUGGGGUGAUGUUGGAAGCUGAUAAUCCGCCUGGAAGGGAUAUGUUGAGAGGGGAAGGGGCGUGGGUGGGUACCAGCAAGUGCGCAGUGCCGUGGGAGGCGAGGGGCGAUGGCAGUGAGGAAGAACUCUCAGGUGCAGGCGGGAUGGUCGCCAAGAUGGAAAGCAGAGUGGACAGAGGGGCAGAGUGGACGAGGGGCGAUGGUGGGCACGGCUGGCGUGGUGCUUCUGGGACUGAGAGCCAUUGUGUGGGGCAGGGUGGUGCAGAGCAGGGUGGUGCAGAGCAGGGUGGUGCAGAGCAGGGUGGUGCAGAGCAGGGUGGUGCAGAGCAGGGUGGUGCAGCAAGGCAGGAUGCAGCAAGAGCGGAGGGUCAAGGCGGGAUGGGGGCGGAGAGUGGGGAUAAGGCGCAGCAGGGCAGUGUGAAGGUGGAGGCGGAGGGAGAGCCUGGGCAGAGGGGCAGCAGCAGCGUGCAGGGGAUGGAGAUGGAGAGGGUGGUGGGCUUGGGGAAGGCGAGCAGCAGUGGGAGAGGGCGGGCGCACAGCACACAGACGGACCCUAACUUCGUGCAGAACUACUUCCGGGUGAGCAGAGGAAUGGGAGAAAGGGGGGAGCUUUUGCCAUGGGUCUGGCAUCUACUUGCGUCCGUCCGUGUGUCUGUGUGUGUCUCGUAUGGCCGUGAGCAGCACUCGCGGCUGCACUUCAUAGGGUCUUGGCGCAACCGCUACCGACCCCCUCCAGCAAUAACAACAGGCGAUGGAGCAGAGGGGGCAGAGGGGGCAGAGGGGGCAGAAGGGGCAGAAGAGGCAGGACGAGGAAUGGGGGUUGAGGGUGAAGCAGGGGAUGAGGGUCGGCAUGGCGAAGGCAGCAAGGAGGAGAUGGCCUUAGACGGAGAUGUGACUCACACUGGCGCGUUUUGGAAUGCAGGGGACGGCACGGGCAGCAAGGCGGGUGCAGGCAGCAAGGAGGGCGUGGGAGACAAGGAGCGAGUGGUGGUGCAUGUGGAUAUGGACUGCUUCUUUGUGGCUGUCUCACUGCUCUCCCACCCGCACCUCCGAGGGAAGCCCGUUGCUGUGUGCUAUGGCGGCAGGGGCAGGAAUGCAGGCAGGUCCGCCCCUGCUGCUGCUCGCUCCACGGCAGCUGCUGCUGACCGAAAUGGCGUGGAUGAGAGUGCUGCUGGGGAAGUGGGAGUGGGACCAGGAGUGGGAGCAGGGGGCAAAGGCAGCAGUGCAGCAGCAGCGGCAGCAGCAGGGGGCACGGCGGAGGUGUCAUCAGCGAGCUAUGAGGCGCGUGCGUUUGGGGUGCGGGCGGGCAUGUUCCUGCGCGAGGCCAGGCGCCGCUGCCCGCAGCUGCAGCUGCUGCCGUACGACUUCGAGGCGUAUGAACGCGUGGCGGAUGAGGUGUACGCCAUUCUGCACCGCUACGCUCCUGUGGUGCAAUGCCUCAGCUGCGAUGAAGCCCUGCUGGAGCUGCCACCGAUCAGUAACACCAGCACCAGCAGCAGCAGCACUGCAGCAGGCGCAGCAGCAGCAGCAGCAGAGCCCGAGGCAGUGGUGGCGCGCAUGCGGGCGGAGAUAGAGGCGCGCACGGGGUGCACUGCCAGCGCUGGCAUCGCGCACAACAUCAUGCUUGCUAGAGUCGCCACGAGGAAAGCCAAGCCCAACGGACAGUUCCGGAUCACCAAGGACAAGGCUCUAGACUUCCUGCAAGAACUGCCAGUAUUGGACCUGCAUGGCGUGGGGUGGGUGCUCUCAUCCAAGCUGCACGCCGCCUCCAUCCGCACGUGUGGGGACCUCCGCGCGCUCUCGUGCGCCUCCCUCCAGGCAGAGCACGGGGUCAAGACGGGGGACAUGCUGUGGCGCUAUGCCCGAGGCAUGGACGACCGGGCUGUCGUGCCGGCAGGGGGGAAGAACAAUCAGCAGGCACCAGUGGCUGCUGCAAGGAAGAGUAUAGGCGCGGAUGUCAACUGGGGGGUGCGGUUCCGGGGGCAGGAAGACGCGGAGAAGUUUCUGAGGGACUUGGUGGGGGAGGUGUGUACGCGGCUGCAUGCGGCGGGAGUGGCGGGGCGGUCGGUGUGUGUGAAAGUGAUGGUGCGGGCGAAAGGGGAACCCGUAGAGCCUCUCAAGUUCAUGGGGCACGGUCGCUGUGACAGCUACAGCCGGUCCAGGAGCCUGGGGCCUGCUGCUACUGCAGACCCGAACGCUCUUUUUCGGGCUGCCCGGGCGCUGUUUUUGGCGGUUGGGGCGAAUGUGGUGGAUGUGAGGGGGGUUGGGUUGCAGGUUUCUCGGCUGGAGCCUGUUGGGGGGAAGGGGCUAGGGUGUGGGGUGUUUGGGAGCAUUGAGAGGGUGUGUAAGAAGUCAAGGGUUUCAGUGUUGCAGAGGAGAGAGGUGGAGGAGGAGAGGGAGGAGGAGGACGGAGUGGAGGUGAAAGGAGAAGCGGAAGUGGCAGGGGAAGGGGGAGGGCUGGUAGGCGUGGAAGGGAAUGAGCAGAAGGGGAGUGGGCAUGGGGUUUGGGAGCGGACUGAAGGGGCGUUGAAAGAGGAGGAAGGUAUGGAACGGGAACGGAAGGGUGUGGAUUUGCGAGAUGGAGUUGGUAUGGACAAUAAAAUGGUCAAGGAGGAGAGGCUAGAGGAGGUGGAAUUAGAGCUGGAGGAGCAGGAGGAGAGAAGGAAUCAGGAGGAGCGAGGGAAGCAGGAGGAGCAUGAUGAGAAGAGAGGCCAUGAGGAGAAAGAGGUGAAAAUGAAACAGGAGGGGCAGGAGGAGGAAGCAGAGGAGAAGGGGAAAGUGACAGAAGCAGUGGUGGAAAGAGCAGAUGUCGGUAGGCGAGGUGGCGUGAUUGGAGACAGGCUGGUGGGUGGGGAUGGGGUGAUGCAAUCGCAAUUGCAAUUGCAAGAAGAUGCAGUGGUGCCCAUGGGGCGAAAGGUGGUUGCGGAGAAGCAAGUGCAAGGGAGCGUCAUGGAGGAUGAGGUGGUGUGUGGUGCCAGAGGGGUGGGUGCAGCGACAGAGCCACACGAAAGCACCCAUGGGAAUGGUGGUGCGAGCAGCAGAGGCGAGGGGGACGAGAGGAUUGAUCGGAGAGGAGUGGUGGGUGGCGAAGAAGCAGCAGCAGCAGCUGUUGGCCAGAAUGGCUCUGCAAGAAGGGUGGAUGAUGCAGCAGAUGUGCUCCCACCCAUGUCGCAGGGGCAGCAACAGCAGCAGCAGCUGCCAUCUGCACCCCACCAUCAGCUCCCCGUCUCUGCUGCUCGCCCCUGCUCCUCUGCUGCCUGCCCUGCUUCACCCGCCUGUUCCGUUCCCCUCUCUCACACCGACUCUCGCACGUGUAUUCCCUCAGAAGGAGAGGUGCGGGGAGUGCCGGAUAGGCCGUUGCAGGGAAGAUCUGUGGGUGGUUCGAGUGCGGUGGGGGCUGCUUCAGUGGUGGCAAGGCAGUCGAGCAGUACAACUGGGGUGCCGUCUGAGCAGCAUGCUGGUGAUGCUACACCAAGAGCAGACCCAGUAGACCCUGCAGAGGCAGCAGGAGCAGCAGCAGCACCUGGUGCAGGUGUGCAGCAUAUGGGGCUGUCCCUGUCUCAGAUCGACCCUUCAGUGCUUGCUGAGCUCUCUCCAUCUCUGCAACGGGAGAUUCUGAACAGCCUGGGAGAAGCUAGGGUGCAAGGCCGGGAUCUUAGUAGCAUGAGGAGGGCUCAGGGCGCCAGUGCAGGGGAGUCUGAGCAUGCAGAGCCAGGGCGGUUGAAUGAGUGCAGUGCUGCUUGUGUUGGUGCGUGUUGUGCUGCACAUGGUGCGGAUUGUGGCGCUGCAUGCCGCACAGCGUGUGGCGUUUCACCAAUGAGGGAAGCCGGAGGUGGAAGGGCGAGUAAAGGCAACUCUAGUGUGCAGCUCUCCUCGUACCUCUUCAGAUUAAACCGGUUGCUGAGUAGGGGCAUGCAGCCGGCAGUGCAGAAGGAGCAGCAGUUUGCAGCACCAGCUCGGGGAGAUAACGGGGCAAGGUUGGAAGGGGGUGGGGAGGUGGAGGCAUGGGAGGAGACAAGGCAGUGUGUGGGGUUGCUGUUGGAGUAUCUCAGUCGGAUUACUCAGCGAGACUUGGAAGAGGCACAUGCAGUCAUCAAGGCAAUUAACAGCUUGGCCCACAUUUCUUCUUUCUGGGCACAUGUCAAGGCAACUCUGCACCCACAAUUUCAG